UCAUGCAUAGUUUGGUCAAAAAUUCAUAUAAAGUUACGAAGGUUUCACAUUACUUAAUCCUCGUACGAAUCUUUAAUAAAUAAAAUAAAAUAAAAGAAAAUCGACCAAAUUGAAAACUCUUUUUGCCAAAAAAAGAACCAAAAAAGUCUCUUGGAUGGCGAAUACUUUAAAGAGCGGAAAUAAUGCUCCUCCAAAAAUUAAUUAAGAAGUUGAAGGAAGCCUAAAAAAGAAAAGAAAAGAAAAGAAAAGGAAAUUGUAUUAUUUUUAACAAUAAUAAAAAUAAAAAAUGAAGAAAUAAUUAAGAACGUGGUAGUUUUCAGCUAAUAAAAGUAAGGUGAAAAAAUAGUUACAGAAAGAUUUGGGAUUGGCAUCGCCAUUUUUAACAAACGGGUUUCUAAAAAUUCCCGAAUGUGGACGGCUGGGAUUUGAGCUCCCCCACAAUUUGGGCAGAAGCCCGUUUUUCGUUACACAUGUACGGUGGCGCUUACACCGUCAACCGACUAACCACAAACCACAAACCCUCCCUAUAUAUACUCCUCCUCUUCUCUUUCCCUUUCAACCCGUCUUUGUCCAAAUCCCAAACCCUCCUCUCUCUCUCUCACACCCUCUCUCUGUUUCUCCUUCUCACAAGCUUCACAAUGGCCAUGGCUCGCUCUGCUUUCGUCUUGUUCAUGACCCUGGCUCUCGUCGCCAGCUCGGCUCUGGCUCAGCAGCAGCAGCAGCAGCAGCAGCAGCAACAGCAGAACCAGAACCAGAACCAGGCUCAGGCUCCAACCCAGGGUCAGGCUCCCUCGGCCACCCCAACCUCCUCUACCACCCAACCACCAACCUCCGCCAACGCCCAGUCACCAACCGCCAAGUCCCCAACCGCCACCCCACCAGCCUCCACCCCACCCCCAGCUGCCAAGACCCCAACCGCCACACCCGCAGCCACUCCCUCGGCUUCCACCCAGGCGCCUCAGGCCUCCUCUCCUUCCUCCGCUCCAACCACCUCAUCCUCCGCCCCGACCACCUCCUCCUCCGCCCCCACCACCUCCUCCUCCGCCCCCACCACAUCGACCUCCGCCCCCACCACCUCGACCUCCGCUCCAUCCUCCGACUCUCCAUCCGGAGGCUCUCCCCCGGCACCACCCACUUCCUCGACACCGGCUUCCAGUCCGGCCACUGCCCCGGCCGGCGCGGCUACCACUCCUGCUGAGGCCCCGGCAUCGCCCUCUGGAGCAGUCAUGAACAGAGUCUACGCUGCCGGAUCUGUGGCCGCGGCCGUCAUUGCGACGUCGUUUUUAGUCUAGAUCUGUUGCGGCGGAGAAAGGCCUUUUUUCACGUAACCGGGAGAGAGUUGCGGCGGGCGGAUCUUGAGCUUCGUUUAUAUUAGCGGGUAGAAAAAGAAAUUUAUCUAAUUUUACUAUUUUUGGUUUUUGAUUCGAGGAUGAUGGUUUCAUUGGCGAUAUUGGACGGUGUUGAUUGGAUGGGAUGGUGGAUCUAACGGCUGAUCGUGAUAUGAUCGGCCUUAUUAAUCAUUAUUAUUAAUUCUAUCAUUGUCAUGAUUGUUGCUGACGAUGAUGAUUAUGGAUCAAAUUCUUUUGUUAUGAUCUGAUUCUAAUCAUAUAUAUUUAAUUACAGUUCGUGAGUUUUUAAUGUUUUCAAUUAAUUAUUCUUGUUUU